CAUAGACAAAAAAACCCUCUAUAAUUUUUUAUUUAUUUGUUUUUAAAACUUUAGGAAGUUAACUUUUUUUAUUUUUAUUUUUUUUUAUUUUUUUUCAAAUUAAAUUUUUAAUUUUUCAAAAACUCAUUGGAUUUUUUUUUUAUAAAUUUAUUUUUUAAUUUCAUACCACCCAUAUCAAUAUCAUCAAAAUUUUAUUUUUAUUUAUUUAUUUAUUUAUUUAUUUAUUUAUUUAUUUAUUUAUUUAUUUAUUUAUUUAUUUAUUUAUUUAUUUAUUUAUUUAUUUAUUUAUUUAUUUAUUUAUUUAGUUAUACUUAAAAAAAAAAAAUUCUAAUUAAUUUUAAUCUUUUAAAUAGCACCAAAUAUAUUUAAAAAAAAAAAACUCAACAUAUAAUAUUACAUUUUUAUAAAAUUACAAAAAAUUAACAAUCAAGUUAAAUUUAAUAUAUCACUACACUUAUAUAAUACAUUUUUCCCAAAUAUAUAAUAACACAAUGGUACACAGACUCAAUAACAUUUUAAAUAAUAAUAAUCUUGAUGACGAAGAAAUUGCCAUCAAUGAAAUCCAAGAUCUCAAAAUAAUUUCACCUUCUCUUAGAUCACCAAUGGCAACACAAAAUAUGAAUAGCUUUAGAUUUGGUAACCUUAAUAAUAAUAGCAAUAUCAAUAUCAAUAGCAAUAACAACAACAUUAAUAAUAUGUCCAAUAAAAUUCAAACAGAUAUUAUGGAAGAAGAUAUUCUUGAAAUUGAUGAUUCACAGCCAUCAUCACCCCAAAAGAAAUUUAAAUCAUCAACUGAUGAAUUUGAAACUAUUUCAAAUAAUAAUAUUAAUAAUAAUAAAUCAUUACCACAACCAAUAUCAUCAGUUUUUAAUAAAAAUAAUUUUAAUUUUGAAAUGUUAAAUAAAAAAUAUCAACAACAACAACAAUCCUCAAAUUCAUCAUGGUCUGUAAAUAAUAAUAAUGGUAAUAAUAAUAAUAAUAACAAUGGUAAUAAUAAAAAGGAUCAAGAAGUUAUCAAUAGCGAAAAUGGUGAAUCUGAUUCAGAUUCAGAGUAUGACGAUGAUGACUAUGAAGAAGAUGAAAAUGAUUUUGAAUUUUCAUCAAAAUUCGAUGAAAUGAAAGGCCACCCAUCAUCAAGUCCUAAUAAUCUUUUAAACUCUCCACCAUCAAACACCUCACCAAAUAGUAAACUUCAAAUCUAUAACUAUCAACAAUUAUAUAGUCCAAAUAACAAUCACCAUAAUCAUUCACAUCUUAGUCCAAAUGGUCAUCACCAUGUCCCAACAACUCCAAUCACAUCACCAAAAACAAAUCCGGGUACUCCAUCAAGACCAUUCCCAACCCUUGAUUAUAAAAUAAAGUCAGAGUCAGUUAAGCAAAAUCCAGAUGGUACCUAUAGUUGUCCAUAUCCAACUUGUAAUAAAACUAUUAAAGGUAAUAAAGGUAAUUUAUCAUCACAUCUUAGAUGGCAUAGAAGACUUGAUGCUGAGGCUGGUGAGCUUCGUGAUUCUAAUCCAGUUGAUGAAGGCGAAGAAGAAUUUACCACUCCAAUCAAACCAUCACAAAGAGGCAUUCAAUUAAGAAAUCAAAUGAUUCGUUAUGGUUUAAAUUUAUUUAGACAAGAUAGCCAAGGUAAAUACCUUUGUUUCUUUGAUAAUUGCAAUUUACGUAUGCUUACAAAUUUUUCAAGACACAUUGCUAAACAUGAAAGAAAGAAUGACCGUAUUAAACCAGAUUUGGUUUCACUCAUUCCUACCUCACCAUACCAACCAUCAAACAACAUGAGAAGAUCUCACUCAUCACCAUCAUCACCAACUACUCUAUCCUCAAACUUCUCACCACUUUUAAUUCAUAAUAGUUUAUCAAGUGCUGCCGUUACCCCAAUUUGCCAAUCACCAUUAAACCAAUCAUCACCAUUUUCACCACUUCAAACUAGCGCCUCACCAUCGAUCACCUCAUCCCCAAUUCCAAAUGGUUCUAUUGGAGAUCAUAAAAAUAAAAGAAAAUUACAUGUUAAAAUUAGUAGUCCAAAUCCAAACUCUAAUGGCAAUCACAAUAGUAACAAUGCCACAAUUUUAACUCCACAUAGUGAACCAUGUACACCAACUACUCAUAAAAUUAAUCCAUUUGCUCAAUCACCAUCAUUCCAAUCACCCAUUUCAUAUAUCCAUAAAGAUGGUGGUAUUAUUAGUAUCACUGAUAAUAAGAGCAAAGGAAAGGUUGAUUCUUUAAUUGCAGGUGAUAAUAACCUUUCAAUUUUAUCAUCCCCACAACCAAGCUUACUUUUAUCUCCAUCUCAAAGUGAUUUUUCAGCUGUUCCAAACUCACCAACCUCACCAUUAAGAUCAUCAAGAUAUAUGAACACUCCAUUAUCACCAUUAUCUCAAUCAACUCCAUCACUAACCAGCUCACCAAUUAUUAUUAACCCAAUGAAUAGUCUUGGAAGUACUUCAAACAAUCUUUUACCAAUUCCAAACACUCUUACCAAAGAUAAAGAUAUUUCACUUAUCGACAAUAACAACAAAGAUAGCAACAAUGAUGACGACAAAGAAAACAAUAAUAGUAUUUUUGCUUUAACCCAACUUGCCAAACCAAUUUUAAGAAACAAUGAUAUUCAAUGGGAAUUUAGAAGAGGUCCUCUAUUAAAUAAAUCCAGCCCAUCAUCCCCAACCUCACCAUCAACUUCACCAUCAUCUCCAUUUCAACCAUCAAUCGUCCCAUCAUAUAAUCCAUUAAUGAUGAAAAAGAAUAAAGGUGAAGAAGAAUUUAUUGCAAAAUCCCUUUUAGACCUUAGUCAUAUAAACCAUAACGAUAGCGAUUAAACUAUAAAAAAAAUGUAAAAAAAAAAAAAAAAAAAAUUCAAAUCUCCCAAAUCCAAUAAUUCUUUCAAAUUGUAUAUAAAAUGUGUAUAAUGUAUUUUUACCAAUAAAAAAAAUUCCACAAAUCAAAAAAAAAAAAUAAACAACAAAAUAUAAUAAUAUCAUCAACACCGCAACAAUCAAACAUCAAUCAUACCUUAAUGAUCAUCAAUCUGAAAAUAUUUAAAUAUAAAACAAAAGAAUUGGAAUAGUCAACUUUUCUUUAAGUCAAAUUGAUAUUAUUAUUAUUAAAUUUUAAAGGAAAUUUUAAAAAAAAUAUAUAUAUUUUCUUUCUUUUUUGUAAAUAAAAAUAAAAAAAUUUUU